AAGCAUCGAAAGUUCGAUUCCCGCGACAGAGACAUAAAGACGUACGAGCACCGCCGCCGCAGCUGUGCUAACGAAAAAAUCGACCUCAAAACAUUCAGCCCGCAGCGCCUUAGCAUCACCGUCGCAGUGACUUUUGCAUUAGUCAUGCUUUGCGGGCAAACAGCAGCCUGCCAACAUGGACAUAUGAGACAUUACGCUGAGAUCACUUGCAAUUCCAGUGGCAAAUGUUAUAUGGAAUUCAGCAGAGAAAUCUUGUUCAACGAGAUCAACACACAGAUGUGCGUCAACAUUUUGCACGCAAAUAAAUCAAUAGGCAAGAUCUCUCUCCAACGACUUGCGGUAGAACUACACUGUUCCCCACGCACCUUGCUUUUUACGAGAGACACAGACACCACAGUCUUCAGUGCUAAACGAUGUGCAUUGAUGGGAUCAUGUGUGGGACAGACAUGCUCCAAAGUUCGGCCCUCAACAAUCAUUCCAGAGUUGGCCAAUGCAUCUCGAUAUCCAGGAUAUUCCGGAUGUGAGGAAUCGUGCGGGAGCAUCUUCUGUGGUUGCCCAACGAUCCUACCUUCGUGUUCAUUUUAUCGAAUUGCGCAUAUUCCUAGAUCCAAGUUCGUGUACGAAGUUGUCGAAUGCAUGGAAUGGAAACCUAUAGUACGACUAAGAGUGCACAUUUCAUUGUACAACACAAACGUUUCCAGAACCCUCGUUCUCAGACCGUACAUACCGCAAAAAGUAGAUGACAUCACUAUAACCGUGAUAUCUCUGGCUAAGCCAACGAGCCCCAUUUUGCACAGCAAAUUUGCGGUCACAAGCAGCGAGAUCUUGGCUAUGCCGGAGGGAUACAAACUUCCGGUAGAAUGUUCCACAAGAAAACAAGCCUCAAGCAACUUCCACCUGUGCAAAAAUCGAAUGAUUUGCGACUGUGACGUGACUGACCCAAUAAAAGACGUAUCAAACGUGCUUCCGAUUUCGACUCCAUUCGUGAGAAUCACUGGCAAAAACGAAUCGAUCAUCGCGCACUCCACGAGGGAAGAAAUGACAAUCUCCAUCGAGUCCAAGUUCAUGAAGGGAAGUGCCGAAUACGUAGUGCGUCAGGCAUGCGAAGUUUCCCUAGGUCCACUCACAGGGUGUUAUAGCUGCCUGGAAGGAGCAGUGUUGAAUAUCUCAUGCGUCACAAAAAUACCGGCAUGGAUAAUCUCGAAUGUGAUUCCUUCUAACAAAUCGACGCAAGUCAUUCUUGACUUCCAUCACUUCCAUCAGUCGACAUCGGAAUUCUUAUGUGCCCAGCUUUGCUGUAGUCACAUUGCCCAGGAAUGCCGCGUUGAGUGCUAUGAUAACUACACCAGAUUACAGCUGCACGGUGUUCUGGCUUAUAUGCCUCAUCUAAAUGAAUCUGAAAUCUUGAACUCACAUGAGAAACCUUGGAUCAAGUCAUCAAGCUGGUUCCAUGACUUCAACAUUCCUGAUUUGAGACCACUCAUAGUGACUAUAUCUGCUCACUGGAAAGCUGCUCUCGCCAUAUUUGGCACAACCGCGCUUCUCGGUGUAGCAACAUACUUCCUUGGACCAGUUGUCAUUCUCUACGUAAUCCAACUAGUGUUCGCAUGCGUAGAACUCUUUGCCAAGUUAGCAGCAUCGCUUCUCCUUGCAGCUUGCGAGCUCAUCAAGAAAGCAUGUCAGUAUGAUGUCUUA